CCAACACUUAUACUAUGGGAUCCAGUUUCACAACGAACCUUACAAAACGGACUUGUGAUUUGCCCACGAUGCAAUGUUGCGGGCGUUUGUCUUCGGCCUACGCACUGGAAGGAUGGAAGAAAUGAAAGAAAUGUUCCCAGGUUGUUGUUUGCACGCAAUGGGGUAACUUACUUGGUUAGUAGAGUCUAUAGAUGCUGUAAUGGCCAUGAAAUAGUGGCACAUGAUAAUUCACUCCUACAAAGCUUUCCCUCCAAGGAACAGUUGCCCUUCUUACUAAGCCAUAUUAGUGGAAUAACAAGAGACCUUUACAACGAUAUUGUCCUUUAUAGCAGCACUGGAAUGAAAAUUGAACAAAUUGAGUGCCUAAUCGCGCAACAGCAUCUCCAAUAUUUCGAGGAAAGGCGAGAGAUGUUUGAUAACGAAAUGAAAUGUUGUCAGGGGGGACAGAUUAAUUCAAAUGGAAGCACCAAUUCGCAUUUUCCUAAAUCCAUGCCAGAUGAACUGAAAGCUCCCAGUAAUGAUUUUAUUGCUCAAUGUAUAAUUCAUGAUUACAAUCAAAAGGAAAUGCUUUAUACACAGUGCAUGGCACAAACUAGUGCAGCAACUUGGAUUUCAUGUGACCACACUUUUAAAGUAGCAGCAAACAUUGGACUACUGCGUCAGUCAGACCAAAAAUGGGAAAAGCAGUAUGAUUCUAUGUUCUGUAUUCUAAAUGAAGAUGGAAUAGUUUUAGCUUGGCAGUUGACCAAAGGAACCGCAUUUGACAAUGUUAGAGAUCUCCUUCAGAAUUUGAAGGGUAGAUUUGAUCAACAAAAUAACAAUGUCAAGCUUUGCACCAUUGAUAACUGUUGUGCAUGGAGGGGUAAACUGCAAGAUGUUUUUGGUUCAGAAAUGCUCGUUAAAUUAGACUUGUUCCAUGCGGUACAGCGGGUUGUUAAGAAUAUACCGAAGCGACACCCCUUUGCCUACCGCUGCUGUCAAGCAUUUAGGCUUGUUUUUCGCGACCCUUCAGAUGCUGGACAGAAGCGUUCUUUACAAACUCCUUCUCCACCAGUCAUCUUAGAUAACAUUAACAAGUUUUUAGAAACAUGGAAAGACAUCUCCCAUGAAAAUCAACUAGUACUUACAGUUGCUGCAGUGAAGGAAAUUGAUAACUUGAAAAAACAUGCUAAAAAAGGCUGUCUUUCAUAUAUUCCAGUGGGCUGUGGAAGUGAGAGGAACGAAAACUUACAUAGGUGCCUGCAACAGGCAGCUUCUAAAGGACGUAUAGGUGUUGCUUUGGCAGUAGCUCUUCUAACAUCCUUUCUUUACAAAUGGAAUGCGAAACAAGCAGCUAAGGGUAAAGGGUCGAAGUCGCAAGUGCUGCCUUCCAUAACCUCAAAGAAAGCAGAGCUUUUAAAUGACAAAACAGAUUCCAGCAAGGAAACUUUUGGCAUUGGAAUUUCAAAAGAGCGAACUGGUUGUAUGGAAUUUCUUCCUGCAGCUUAUGAACAGUGCAGUAAUUGUUUAAGUGAAAUUCAAGAUAUAAUGGGAAGGGCUUUUGAUGAUAUAUUAGAAACUGGUGACCUCAAUGCUGAAAGUGAGGAACAAGAUGAUAGUAAUGUGAAAGAUAUUGAAUCGGAUGCAUUUACACGUGCCCUCAACCUAUAUUUUCUAACAACUGAUUUACCAGAAGUUGUGAACGGUGCUGUGAAUACCGAUCAAUUCCAUUUAAUGGCAACCCAUGUAUUGUUUGGCUUUGGAACCAUGUCAUCUUACAGUGCUUCUGACAGUGGAAGCAAGCUUGACAACCUUCUUUCUAGCUACAACUUUGCCAGGAUACCAGUAGAACCCAAUGGAGAUUGUUUAUUUUCAAGUGUGAUAUUUCAGUUGAAACAAAUGAUAUCUUCAAAGAAUUCAGAGCUUUUUAAUCAUUUGCAAGCAACUGGAUUUCAUGUGUUGUUACAAGGCGACCAUGACACUGCUGUCGCCGGUUUGCGAAAUUUAAUGGUAUCUGAAUUACUUGAAAACAGAGCAGUCUAUGAAGGUUACAUCAGCAAUGAUGUGGUUGAAUAUGAAGAGCAAGUGAAGAACUUCAAGCAGCUUGGUGUUUACAGUGGAGAAGUAGGCAAUCUGAUGGCUUUGUCCUUGACAAACGUUUUGAGAGUGAACAUAGUCCUGUUCACAUCAAUGGAAAACUUUCCUAUUAUCCCAAUUUCGCCUUUUCAGAAGAUUUGCACCCAACAAACUUUGUACCUGGCAUUUCACCAUUUUGGCAGUGGACACUAUGAUCCAGUUGUAGAAGUGGCAAAUACAACAGACAGCACUGGAAAUGGUAGUAUCCAAAGUUGUGAACAACCAAGAGAAAGCAACCCUAGUUCACUAAAAGGAGAAAACAAGGGUUGUGCGUGUGGGAGAGGAGCUGCUAAAAGGAAACUACAACCCGAAGGUGAUCCAAUUAAAAGUAAUUCAAAGGCAUUCUGUUUCCAGGUACCAGGAGAGCGUCGAACACUGUGCCCUU